UACAGCCACAAUGGCAACGUCAUCCGAAGAAGUGUUACUGAUUGUAAAGAAGGUACGUCAGAAGAAGCAGGACGGAGCGCUCUACCUUAUGGCUGAAAGGAUAGCAUGGGCACCUGAAGGCAAAGACCGGUUCACAGUCAGCCACAUGUAUGCAGACAUAAAAUGCCAGAAAAUCAGUCCAGAAGGUAAAGCUAAAAUUCAGCUUCAGCUCGUAUUGCAUGCAGGAGACACAACCAACUUUCACUUCUCCAAUGAAAGCACAGCAGUGAAGGAGCGAGAUGCGGUAAAGGAUCUUCUUCAACAACUGCUGCCCAAGUUCAAAAGGAAAGCUAAUAAAGAACUUGAGGAGAAGAACAGAAUGCUGCAAGAAGAUCCUGUUUUGUUUCAGCUCUAUAAAGACCUUGUUGUGAGCCAAGUAAUCAGUGCUGAAGAAUUCUGGGCCAACCGUUUAAGCCUGAAUGCAGGGGAUAAUUCUGCAGCACCUAGUAAGCAGGAUGUGGGCAUCUCUGCAGCGUUUCUGGCUGAUGUUCGGCCUCAAACAGAUGGCUGCAAUGGUCUGAGGUAUAAUUUGACUUCAGACAUCAUUGAAUCCAUAUUUCGAACAUAUCCUGCAGUAAAAAUGAAAUAUGCAGAAAAUGUUCCACAUAACAUGACCGAGAGGGAAUUCUGGACCCGAUUUUUUCAGUCGCAUUAUUUCCAUCGGGACAGGCUCAACACAGGCUCAAAAGACCUCUUUGCGGAAUGUGCCAAACUGGAUGAAAAAGGGUUAAAAACAAUGGUGUCUCAAGGAGUAAAAAACCCUCUGAUAGAUUUAACAGCUUUGGAAGAUAAAACAUUAGAUGAAGGCUAUGGCGUUGCUUCUGUGGCCUCUACAUCAAAUGCCUCAAAAUCCACUAGAGAAAGUAGCAAUGCUGCCAUUAUAAAACGCUUUAACCAUCAUAGUGCCAUGGUCCUUGCAGCUGGGCUCAGGAAACAAGAAGCACAAAAUGACCAUUGCAGUGAGACCAGCAGUACGGAUGGAAACUCAAGGGAUUCAGAUUUCUUUCAACCGCCAACCAAAAAGGUGAAACUGCAGGAGUCCAUUGAAUAUGAAGAUUUAGCAAAGAAUAAUAGCAUUAAAACUAUUGCACUAAACUUAAAGAAGUCUGAUAGGUAUUAUCAUGGUCCAACUCCAAUUCAAUCACAGCAAUAUGCAACCAGUCAGGAUAUAAUUAAUUCUUUUCAUAGUAUUAGGCAAGAAAUGGAAGCAUAUGUACCCAAACUAACUCAGGUUCUUUCAAGUGGUGAUGCUGCUAGCACUAUUGCAGUCCUGUCACCUGGAGGAGCACUUAUGCAGGGUGGAACACAGCAAGCCAUAAACCAGAUGGUGCCAAAUGACAUCCAGUCUGAACUAAAACACUUGUACGUGGCAGUAGGGGAACUGCUACGACACUUCUGGUCCUGCUUUCCUGUUAACACGCCAUUCCUAGAAGAAAAGGUUGUCAAAAUGAGGAGCAACUUGGAAAGAUUUCAGGUUACAAAGCUCUGCCCAUUCCAAGAAAAGAUUCGGAGACAGUAUUUAAGCACAAACUUGAUAAGUCAUAUAGAAGAGAUGCUGCAGACAGCCUACAAUAAGUUCCAUACGUGGCAGUCCCGGCGUAUGCUGAAGAAGACGUGAGAAGGCACGCGGUACAGGUUUGGGAGCAAAACCUGCCAUAGGGAUAGGAGUACAACCUAGCGUAUGUGCGGAUCUUAGAGUUGCUGCAGGAAGACCUGUACGCUGUGGACUUCUGGAAACAAUGCUAACUGAACUUGCACAUUUUUGAAAAGAACUGAGAUUAAACUUGAAAACGAGGGAGAAAACCAAGGAAGAACCAAAACAGAAGAGCUGAGGCGCAAAAAUAUUUAAAAGACACUGUUUACUGCAGUUACUCAGGAACUGCUUUUGAUUUGCAUUAAGAGCUGCUUUCAGAAAUAAAAAAAUUUAAAGAGGGUGUAUUAAU